CUGGCGCCGUGGGGCUUCCGGCGCGCGCGGUCCCGGGGGGCGCCGCUGGCUUCGGCCCCGGUGCGCGAGCCCGCGGCCGCCCGUCCCCAUCCCCGCGCCCCCGCGUCGUCUCGGGGAGAAACACCGAUUCUCUGCGAAUUUCCCGGCCAGGACGGGCUGGCGUGAGCGUCGGCAGGACUCGCGGCGCUUCCCCGGCGGGCGUCCGCUCGGGGCCGCGACCUCGGGGCGUCCCGCAAGCGCGCGCGGCCGCGGCCCCGACAUGGCUCUGCUGCUCCGCAACCUGCAGCGCGCGGUCCCCGUCCGGAGGGCGCCGCUCCGCCGCCGGCUGCAGCUGCUCAGGGCGGCCCUCGGGGUGCAGCGCUUCGACCUGGCGGUCGUCUGCGUGGACAACAGGACCAUUCGGCGCAUCAACGGCGUCUACAGGGCCCGGGACGCCCCGACCGACGUGCUGUCCUUCCCGUUCCACGAGAAUAUAAAAGCAGGGGAACUUCCCCAGCCUGAUACUCCAGAUGACUACAAUUUGGGAGACAUUUUCUUAGGAGUGGAGUAUAUCUUCCAGCAGUGCAAAGGAGAUGAGGACUACUUUGACGUCCUCACUGUGACUGCCACCCACGGGCUCUGUCAUCUGCUGGGCUUCACACACAGCACAGAGGCUGAGUGGCAGAAGAUGUUCCAGAAGGAGAAGGAGGUUCUCGAAGAGCUGAGCCGGCUCACCGGGACCAGGCUACAGCCCCUGAGCAGGGGCCUCUUCUGAGGGUGCUGGAGGCCCGGCACCCGGGUGGCACCCGGCGGAUUCUCUAUAGAGUCCAGAGACAGCAGGUGGAUGGCAGAUGGACCCUCCUCUUUCAGGCCCCCCAGGACCAGGGACUCCACCAAACGGAGGGCCCUGCUGGUCCCUGGUGCCCUGUGGGGCUCAGGAGCGACCCACACUUGGGGGCAAAAUGGCACGAGUGGAGCCUGACCGUUUUGUGAAAGUGUAAAAGACAUGUCCAUUCAUGACUUCGUUCAGAACCUAGCAAAUGUCAUUUCGCUGUUGCAGAUAAAGUAGUUCUAAGCCCUUAGGCUGUAGAGCUGGAGCACAGGGCCCUCAUCCCGAGGUUCUGCCUGUAGCCAGAGGCAUUUCUCUCUCCUGCCUCUACAGCCUGCUCCGGAGAGUGGAACGGCAGCCCAGGGAGGAUGUGCCCCUCGCCCUCCUUCCUGCAAGACACCCAUUGGCUAUAGUCUCCACUUACCCCUUAAGAGCACUGUGACCUGGAGCCUUCGCUGGGUGCCUUUAUGAGGGGAGGCACAAGGCUGACCCUUAGCGGGGCUGCAAGCCCCUAGACAACCUCAGCCAGGUGACCUACAGCCGACAUCUCCUGCCCAUCCUGGCUCCUGAGGCAGGCGCAGCCUACGUCCUCUUUCCCAUGGCACCGCUGUGGCCAGAGCUUCUGAGCCCCAGAUCCCCAUGUCCACACGGAGCUGAGUGUCUCCCAGCUCCGGGAGGCACCCUGAGCUUGACUGCUGCUUCCCAUCCUCUUCCCUGUUACUGCUUCCUGCCUUCUCUUCUGGUACAAUAAACCCAGAAGGCACCACAGAGCCUUAUCUAAGCUGCUCCUGGGCCCAGAGCAUCGUGGGAGCAGGCCACAGAGGUGCGCUGAGCCAACCUUGGGCCUGCACCGCCUGGGCCUCCCAGGGACCAGUGUUGGCAACAGCACCACGAAUUCUGCCAAGGAGCUCUGAAGAGGUCACGGCAACGAAACGCAGCCUCUCAGAGACUUUUGGCCCUAAUCCAGGGUUACUACAAUUCUGAGAAUCUGGUUUUUCCCGUGAAUCCACAUGAAAAUGCAUUUCCCACUGGAUAUCUUGUCAGCCUGGAUUUUCCCCAGCCCCUCAAGGACCCAGAAUUGGGCUUGUGGCACCCCUGAAGCCUUGUGGGGUAUGUGAGCCUGUAGUGGAGCCCUGUGGGGUAUGUGAGCCUGUAGUGGAGCCCUGUGGGGUAUGUGAGCCUGUAGUGGAGCUUGUUCUCAGCAGAAUGUCUCGGCAAAGACAAAGAUGACCCCACGAGCUCUAGGCUCUGCAGUUCUUUUUAAGAGAAUGAAGGGAUCCCGAGACCCACUACUCCUGUCAGCAGGAAUGUCAUACAUCCCCCGUGCCUCUAUGGUCAUGUCGGGGGCACAGGCAGUCGGGAGCACAGUUCCCCUGGGUUUGGGCCUCAGAGCAGAACAGCUGGGGGCAGUAUGGGCAGGGCAGCCAGCUUUAUCAGGCAAUGCCCAGUGCCUCCAAAGGACCUGGUCACUCCCCCUGCAGCCAUAGCAGUGAGCUGGGGGCCAGACCUCGGCCUCCACACACCCCAGCCCUCCCUUGGUUGUGCGCACACCGGGACUGUCCUGCUUUUCUCGUCAUCAGUGACCAGAGCUCUUCACUAACUGCUUGUCUUGUGCUCAUUUUUCUUUUUCUUUUUUUAAAGAUUUAUUUCGGGGGAACAG